AGGCUCACAAUUGGAAUCAAUUGGCCUUUUCGAGAUGAUGUGCAUGUAAACAGUGCAUCCAAAGCAAUUUUCAAUUUUCAAAUUGAUCGAAGUGCGCUUCAAAACACUAAUACGAAAGCUUCCUCCUUCAAUUCAGCUUUCAGUAUUUCCUAAUUUCCUUUAAUCAUUCAGCGCACCAGUCUUCCUUGUCAGAAGGAAAAAUCCGACGGACGAGGAAUAGGAAAAAGGGAGCGAGGAAGAAUGCACCGAUUUUCGAAACGACAGCUGCUGCUAUGGAAGAAUCGGUGCUGCUUGUUACAUACGCCAUGUAUAUACGGCAACAAGGUUGACAUUGCCAUUGUGUCCAGGCGAAGCCUUUCUUCGACGUUACAGUUAAAUCCAACACUCGCUCAAAACAGUUUGUGGAUACAGCAGCAAAGACCACGACCUUUCGGAAGCGCAUCCUUGAUCCAGCCUCCCUAUUCGUUGCCAUUAUCUCUCCCCAACCCUACGGUGGUGUACUCGGAUAACCAUCUCUUGGCGAUCAACAAGCCUGCGGGGUGGCAUUCUGUGCCAAACAUACCGAAGAAACGGGGACGCAAAACCAAUAGCGGUAGGGGAAAUGAUGAUAGCAAUGCCAUCUCGUACAAGAACAAUGUCAGUAGCAGCAGCAGCAGCAGCAAAAAGUGCUUGCUCACGCACCUGAAAUCGAGGGGACUGGGAGGGGGGAGCAACGGAGAUUUCCUUCUACCACUUCACCGAAUCGAUCAGCCGUGUACCGGACUAUUGUUGUUUGGGAAAACGAGCAAGGCUGCCUCGAGGGUCACCGCCGUAUGGAAGGGGAAGAUAAAGAAGAAGAAGAAGAAGAAGAAGAGAAAAAAGGACCAGCAGCAGGAGGAAGAGAAGCAUCAAAUAAAUAGCAACAAUAACGAUAGCACAAUUGAUAGGGGUGUUUUGAAGGAGUAUUUGUGCGUAGUCCCAACGCUGCGGCUCGCUGCAAUGGAAGAAGUCUCCCUGGCGGCAACAGCKCGCUGGAGCCGAUUGGAGGGUUUGAUGCUGCGGCCAUCCGCUUCUUCGACCUCCAAGGAGCUUUACGGCAUUGGCACCCAUCGCCGGUGGCAGCAACAAAAGUAUUACAACAGUCGACGCCGAAAAGGAAAAUCCGUGAAGAUUGUGCGGCGAUGGCACGACAAAGAAGGCGAGAGUAGAGAACCAGAGCACAAAGCCUUUUACGAGUAUAACCACUCCACAGAUCACGCUAUAAUGCGACCCGUAGGUGUCGAAUGGAGGGUGGUAGAUGUCCCAGGAAUGGAUCCGACAUGCUCCCUGCUCCUGGUGCGGACCUCAGAGGGUGCGAGGCACAUGGUUCGGGCUCUGUUGGCUCAGGUGGGGGGCUGUCCUAUCGUUGGGGAUGUCCGAUACUGGACAAAUCGGAAACGGGAGACUGGGGCGAYCCAAAGCAGCAUUAUUGACGGUGAAGACAACGCCGACCGGGCUGUCCCUCUCDGAGACCGAUCCGUGGCUCUACAUGCCUAUAGUGUGUCCUUCGAUGAACGAAGGCUCCAGCUUGGGAGCCUUGACAUAUUCGAAUUUCGGGCCCCGAUCCCUGAGACAUGGAAGUCCUUUUUUGGUAUUGACAACAGUGACAUCGAGGGCUACCUGCGUGAAACUGACUAGAUAUGGUUUAUUUCGUGGUAAAUUAAGCUGGCAC